CCAGAAAACUUCAAUUUUUUUUCUCUGAAAGCUCGAUUUCAUGCGGAAGAGAAGACCCGCCGUGGUCCUCCUCUCUUCCUCGGAGGAGGAGAACGAGCCUUCGAAGCCGAGGUCCUCGAGGUCGGCAAUAGCUCCCCGCAAGAGGCCUCGAGCCGGUGCUUCCAGGAAGGCAAGUAGCGUUUCUCAUCCCAAGCCCCGCAGGUCUUCCCGGGGAGUGAAAGCGGUUAAGUUUGACAGUGGUUCGGAGGAUUUUUGUGAGGGUCUUGAAGAUUUCCACAUAGCUCCUGAAAAAACGUUAUCAGGCUUACAAAGCAAGGAAGGUAUUCAACUUUGGGUUGACAAGCAUAAACCUCAAACCUUGGAGGAGCUUGCAGUUCACAAGAAGAAGGUUGAGGAAGUUAAGAAAUGGAUAGAAGACAGGGUGAAAGCUCCAAAGGAAGAUUUUGGUGGUAACCGCACCCUUUUAAUUACUGGCAAAACUGGUGUUGGAAAAUCUGCAGCUAUUCAUGUAAUUGCAUCGCAAAUUGGAGCUGUGCUGUGUGAAUGGACAACACCAACACCUACUCUCUGGCAAGAGCAUAUACACAAUAGCAAUUUAGGAUUACGCUACAUGUCAAAGUUGGAUGAGUUUGAAUACUUUGUCGAGAAGUCUAGAAAGUAUUCACUGCUCCAUAUGCCCAAUUCAGAAGGGUCGAGGAAGCCUGUUAUUCUCUUAAUUGAUGACCUCCCAACGAUAAAUGGAAGAGCUGCUUUGGUAAGACUAACCAAGUGCUUGACAGCCCUUACUCAUUCAACUCAAGUUGCAACCAUUGUAUUGUUGACCGAAUAUUGUAAAACUGAGUCUGCUGAUAGUCCAACCCAUCAUUAUGAAGAACUUGAGAGCUCUCUUUGUAGAGUUGGGGCUUCUAAGGUUACUUUCAAUCCAAUUACUGUAAACUCCAUCAAAAGAACUCUCUUUAAGAUAUGCCAACAAGAAGGUCAUGAUGUGACUGCAGAUUUAAUAAAUUAUAUAGCAAAGUCUAGUGGUGGCGAUAUCAGGCAUGCAAUCACAUCUUUACAAUACUGCUGUUUAAGACCAGAGAAAUGCUUUUCUUGGCAGGCAUCAGCAUACAUUUCUUCCAAAAUAGAAUCAAAUGAUUCAACUCCAGUCUCAAUUUCAAGUAAAAAAGAGGGUGAGGAUGCAUAUGAUGCAUUGCCCUUGUCAAUUGGAAGGGAUGAAACCCUUAAGCUUUAUCAUGCGCUGGGAAAGUUUCUGCACAAUAAGAGGGAGAUUACAGAUCAGUCUGCUCUAGGGUCUGAUACAAUUCUUUUGAAGGAUAGCUUUCUAAGGAAUCCAUUGAAAAUGGAUGCUCCAGAGAAAAUUCUCUCCCAAGCAAAUGCUCAAGGAAGGUUGAUUACUGAUUUUCUUCAUGAAAACGUUCUUGACUUUAUAAGUGAUGAAGCAAUUGAUGAUGCAUGGCUUGUGAUUUCCUAUCUAUGUGAGGCUGAUUGCCUCCUUGCAAAUGCUGUGUGUUCGACAUAUCCUCAGACCGAUGUUAUAGCACAAUCUAUUGCUUCUUCAAUCGCAGCUCGUGGGGUGUUAUUUGGAAACUCGCAUCCACUACCUUCCAGGUGGCAUACUAUCCGUGGCCCAAAACUUUGGCAAAUCGAGCAGUCAAUGGGGCUAAAUAAGAAUCAGAUGCAGAAAGAAACAUUUGAAAGGUAUCCAUAUAAUUCGUCUGAGGUUUCAACUGAAUAUAGACCCCGAAUCAAAUGGCUCAGCUCACAGACGCCGGUUGAUGCUGUCGCACAGCAAAACCCGGUGCUUUAUCCGAUGAAAGCCGAUGAUCACGCUGAUUCUGUAAGUUCUGAUGGUUUGACAGAAGAAAGCCCCUCAGAAGAAAGCGAAGAUGAGAUCGAGGAUUGUUAGGAUGUUUUACUGUCUUGUUUGUUUGACGGAGAUUGAAUCCGGGGAGUCCCAAGGCAUGAUUACCCGGGGAAUGUUGUUGCCGUCACAAUACUAAUUGAAUCAAGCAACAAUCAUCUUUGGUGAAAAACACAAAAAUUGUGCGCAACCGCGCAAUGUGCAUAUAAAAUCAUUAGGUGAUAGUUUUCUACAAUGAUGUUUUAACUAAAACCUAUGAUGGAAAAUUGUACCAAUCUAACUAUUAUGACUAAUCUGGUUAAAAGUACUAGUCGUUCAAAGUUUAGAACAUUGUUCAUUUUAAUAUCUAAAA